ACCUCCCAGAGCCUUUGAACCUUGGAGUCUUUAAUAUUUUGCUCAUUGUUGCCGUUGUUCCUGUUCUCACCCUUCUGGCGCCUUCUUCUGCCUACGCUUCCUCCCCAGCUUCACCUUCGACCCCUUCUUCCCAAGAAAAAUAAACAUCAACACUUUUUUGAUAGCCUGUGGGAAGCUGGUGCAGGCCUGCCGAAAUGACAUCUUUUGCCUUCGCAUUAUCUAAGCCGGAGAACAGGGCGGUAUGGUGUCGGUGCAUCCACUCGAUAGCCCAGGUGUCAGAGGACAUCAGAUUCACAUAUUAUGCUAAGCGCUUGGUGCUGUCGUCGAGAAACGUUGCGUACACUGGGUACAUGGAUAUCACGUUUGAAAGCGAAUUCUUCAAGACUUAUGAGUUCAGCACGGACAGGGUUGCGGAAGGCUUGCACAAGGGGCACAAUGACAGUGAGGAUAUCGGGUUCACGCUCUCUGUGAAAUCGAAGCUCCUGUCGAUGCUCUUCAAGAGACACGAGGAGGACGUUGAGCAGUUCAAAGUGUCCGUCGAUGCCACUGGUGAUUGUCCAACGAGGUUGCAGUAUAAACUAUGCAUUGAGGUGUUGACCAAGAACUUGAUCAAAAAGACCUUUACCCCUUUCUACACGAUCUGCUCGCCAGAGUUGCAGAGGCUUUCUGAUUACUACAAGGAUAACUUCAACGCGCAAAGGUCUGGGAAGGCUGGUUCCAGGACCAUCAGUUAUAUUGCGGCUAAUGUUGGUACUCUAAGAAGGUUUAUGGAUAACAGCGGUUCAUCCGAGCUGGUGAAGUUUGACAUCGAUGCCAAAAGGUUCAGCAUCACUGCUUUCACGAGGGGUGUUUCCAUAAGGGAGAAGGAAGUGUUGAAACAACCCAUGUCUGUUACUGUGAGAUUCAACACUGAAGACUUGGAGGACUAUUCCUUGGGCGGUGCGAAGGAGGAGGACGAUGAUAGUGCUGGGGAGAACUCUGAUAGCUGUGAGUAUAAAUUGGUUUUCAGAUUAAAGGACUUCAAGAACUUGUUGAACUUGGGCUCGUCUGGUGAUUCUCUUGAAUCCUGGUUCAUCCAAGGUGGUGAGAUGAUUUUAUUUGAGAUAAGGAAGGAUUAUGCCACUGUGAGAUUGAUCCUCGAUACCGAUGAUGAUGUGACUGUACCUGACCCGGUACCUCUAGUUGUGGACAAACAAAGGAAACGGAGGAAAGAGGAGCGUAUUGAGCUUCCUCGGGUUGUUCCAACGAUUGAACAAGAACACGAACAGCCACAGGAUGCCGCUGCAGUACCCAGUAUCACUACAAAUGAUCUCUUUGUCCCUGAGGAUAACGAUGAUGACAGCGAAGCUGGUGAUAAUGAGAGUAUAGAACACCACCAGGACGAUUAUUCUCGUGGUGCAGACUUCACACAAGAAGGGGAACACGAUUCAGGCCCGAGGGUCACUUGGGGUGAUCCAAACGCAGAUGCUUUGACGUUGAAGUCGUUGGUGAAUACGAGAAGUCAAGUCAUCCAGGAGGCAAAGCUACAAUAUCUGGAAUCUAUAAAAAGACGGAAACUGGAACUCGCUGAUGAGUCCACUUCCAAUGAGUCUCAAGGAACUGGUCUUGGCCCAACUCAAGUUGAAAGAGACCCAGCUACAAACCUAGGCCUGACUCAGAACUCUUCAAAGGCAAAGGGUAUAUUCGACUAGUGCUGGAAAGAGAAUCCACAAUCGGCUAUUGCAGAGAUAAAACGUGUGUAUAUGUAGAUGGACAUAAACUAAUCCUAUCAAAGGAUCACUUAGCUUCGGCUUUCUCCUUUCCACCAAAGUACCAAUAGUCCAACCAUCUGUAGCCUUGGCCCAACUGUGCUACUUCGUUGAUCACAUGACAGCCAAAGAGUAGGUAGUUCUGCGGAGUCACUGCUAGGGCGUAUCUCAUAAACACUGCAGAAUAGACAACAAGCGCACCUGUCAUUGGACCACUAAUGGUCUUCUGAUCCUUCUUCAAAUCAUAGAUAGCAGCUACUGGAAUACCAAAGUUGGACACGGGACCCC